UCAGAAACUAAUUCAUGGUUUAAGACUCCUAAAUUAGGUACGCGUUACGAGGGUUUGUUCUAUGGACAUGCAAAACAAAUACAUAUUUCUAUACCCAUUACACACGUGGAUGCUAAUGUAUGAGCUUAUCAUGAAGACCUCAAAUUCUUAUUUGUCUGCCCAUUAAGGCAAAAUUAACGCUCCAGCAACUACAGUCGUUGCAGAGAUCCAACACGAUACACACACAUCAUGUGAUAAUAAGUCUAACCAUGAAAGUAGGACAAAGUUAAGGAAAACAGUGCAGGAGUUUGGAGGUGGGAUCCCUGGUUUUUAUUGUGUUACAGAUUUCCCUGUUUCCCAGGACCCAAUGGUUUUGCUAAAAGGGUGUAAUCACAGAGAAUAAAUGCAGAUGUUAGGACGGAGAAAGUUGUUGCAGAUCACAACUUCUUCAUGUCGACUCCUUUCUUCUGAGGUUUUGGAGUACCCAUUAAGCCUUUUUUUUCGUUCCAUCGGGCUUGCCUUUUUCUCUACUUAAUAAUGCGGGCAAUCUUUGAGUAGAUUGAGUGAAGUGGUCAACUGGUUUGUCUAUUUUUGGAUUAUUAUAUUCGAGCAUUAUUUUUUUAUGAUUUCCAUUGUUCGUUUGUGCAACAAUUGGCCUGACCUCCUGGGCCCUUUUGGGUACUUUUUUAAAUCAACUUUUGAAUACAUCUAACUGUUUUUUGUAUUUAAAUAAGGUGUAGAAGUUCUGUUGGUCUGGCUCAGAGUGGGAGCUAUGCUGGUUUAUUUUAUUUAAGUUUUGGUCUGUGGGUCACGCUCAGAGUCUCCAAUGCGCACUUUAUGAAUAACGAAUUCCACUUAGCAGAGAUCUGUGGAAGUCAAAUCGUAAGUGCCCUGUGUUUUGUUUUCCAUAGUUUUGCUAGAUUUAGAGUUUAAUGGGAGUCGGAUCCCUAGGUAGAGAUCGGUUUCUUCCACAGGUUGUCGCAAUUGAAAGCUUGCUGGUAUCAGAGGAUCAAUUUUAAACCUUGAUAGUUUGGCACGUUUGAGAAAGCCAAGGAACAUUUGGAGAGCGGGAGUUUCGAUCAGAGAGUGGUGAAAAUCUGAGGGUACUUGGGAGCCAGAAAAGUGGAGUUGCACUUUGAAGCUAUUUUCAAUGAAGAAAGGAAAAUUGGAAGUUAAUGGGGGAGGCCGGUUGAGAUUCAUACAUAUUCUACUGGGGUUUGCUGGUAUGUAUAUGCUGUUUCUGUCAUUGGAAUUUACCGAGCUAUUUAGACCCAGUUCCUUUAUCAGUCGAAAUGAGGGUACAAAGAGUCUUGAUGACUUAAUCAGAGAGGGUUUUGGAGAUUGGGAGAAUGAAUUGGGGGAGCAUGAAAAGGUUUUAUUCAAGUCAGCCUACAAGGACACGUUUCAUAAGAGCGUUGAUGACAGCCAAAAUGCUCCACAAAGACCUCAGAAGGAGUCAUUCAGGGUAUUGCAAGCUACGGGACUGGAGAGUAAGAAUGUCAUCAAGGCUGAAUAUGGUCGAAUAUCUGGUGCCAUUCUUGACCAUAUGAAUAAAACAAAGGGCAUGUCUGAACUACAACGAAUGGCAAAUGACGCUUGGGUCAUUGGAUUGAAGGCAUGGAAAGAAGCAGAGGCAACUGUUUUGCAAGGAAAUCAAAGCAUUGGGGACAAGGGAGGUGAAUUAGUAGAAAUUUGUCCCCAAUCAAUAUCAUUAUCUGGCGACGAAGUUGAAAAGUCUUUACGCCUCAUGUUUCUUCCCUGUGGAUUGACAUUGGGUUCUUCCAUAACAUUGAUAGGAAAACCUCGCCCUGCUCAUAAUGAGAACUCAUUAUCUACACUUGUCUCUCAGUUCAUGCUUGAACUGCAAGGUCUCAAGACAGUUGAUGGUGAGGAACCGCCCAGAAUUCUGCACUUCAAUCCCAGGCUGAAAGGUGACUGGAGUGGUAGGCCUGUUAUAGAACAGAAUACAUGCUACAGGAUGCAAUGGGGAACAGCUCAAAGGUGUGAGGGCUGGCGAUCAAGGGAGGAAGAAGAUGCUGUUGAUGGAUUUGUCAAAUGUGAAAAGUGGAUACGAGAUGAUGAUGAAGGUCCAAAAGAAUCAAAGACUACAUGGUGGUUGAAUCGGUUUAUUGGUCGUGAAAUGAAGCCGGCAAUGGAUUGGCCAUUCCCUUUUGUAGAAAACCGCCUGUUUGUACUUACAUUAAGAGCAGGGUUGGAAGGUUAUCAUAUGAAUGUGGAUGGUAGGCAUGUCACCUCAUUCCCAUAUCGAACUGGAUUUGUUCUCGAAGAUGCAACUGGCUUGUCAAUAAAUGGUGAUAUAGAUAUUCAUUCUGUCUUUGCUACGUCCUUACCUACAUCUCAUCAAAGCUUAUCAAAUCAAAGAGACUCGAAUAUGUCAAAGCUAUUGAAAGCCCCUCCUUUCCCCAAAGGUCCUGUAGAUCUUUUCAUUGGAAUACUUUCUGCAAGCAAUCACUUUACAGAGCGCACGGCUGUGAGGAAAACAUGGAUGCAGUCAGAGCUGAUCAGAUCAUCAAAAGCGGUAGCUCGCUUUUUUGUUGCAGUGAACGCAAGAAAGGAGGUCAAUCUACAGCUAAAGAAAGAAGCUGAUUAUUAUGGUGAUAUGAUUAUUGUGCCAUUUAUGGAUCGCUACGAGCUUGUAGUUCUGAAGACUGUUGCAAUAUGCGAAUAUGGUGUGCAAAACCUAUCUGCAAAGUACAUAAUGAAAUGUGAUGAUGAUACAUUUGUGAGAGUGGAUACCAUAUUGAAAGAAAUAAAAUUAACUCCCCAUAAACAUGGCUUGUAUAUGGGUAACCUCAAUCUUUUUCACAAGCCUCUCCGAAUGGGAAAAUGGGCUGUAACAUAUGAGGAAUGGCCAGAAGAAGACUAUCCUACAUAUGCAAAUGGACCAGGGUAUAUCAUUUCAAAUGACAUUGCAAAUUUUGUUGCAUCUCAACAUGCUAACCAAAGUUUGAGGUUGUUCAAGAUGGAAGAUGUUAGCAUGGGGAUGUGGGUUGAACAAUUCAAUGCGUCAUCACAGGUUCAGUACUCACAUAAUUGGAAGUUCUGCCAAUAUGGUUGUACUGAUGAUUACUAUACCGCACAUUAUCAGUCUCCGAGACAGAUGCUCUGCAUGUGGGACAAAUUAUUGAAAGGGAAAGUUGAAUGCUGCUCUUUAUAAAGACUUUAUUUGGCAGUAAAUUAGCUGUACAAUUUAGGAGAAAUGGUUAACUGUAUUAAAAAUCCUCCCUUGUAUUUAUCAACCACACCGUUCUCAAUUUUGAUGCCUUUUCCAGAAGUUUCUCUUUGCUGAAGCAGCACUGAUCUUUAUGCUUAAAGAUCUGAAUACCCUUGUGGUUGCAGCCCUGAUUUUUUAUAACGGGAGCUGUAACAGUAAUGUAGACAAAACAUUCAUAACUCUGUGUUCUCAUGUAAUGUAAAUUGCCAAGUUACAUGGAAGUUUCCACUGCUCGAUCUUUGCUCUUUUA